CAUUCAAAGAUGGGGGUGCGCUAAGUGGAGGGAGGCACCUCGCGUGCGCGGGUUUUCGGUGUGUCGGUGUAUUGUGUUUUAGUGUUUAGCCUUUAUGAUAUUUUUUUUACGCUCUGACAUGUGUCUUCUUUUGCCUUCGCCAGGGGCGUAGCCCUUAUUGUUUCAUAGGCGCCGUGCGUAGAGGUUAGCAUGUAGCGUGAUCGCGACACAGUCGUGGGAGAUCAGGCCCUUCGACGUUGAUCGGUGAUGGCACUGAGCCGCAAAAAACAGCGGAUGAAGCAGCCAGACUACAUGGAGAACGGCGACGGCAGCUACAAGACGAGGACUUUCGUCUUCGAAUCGCACAAGGAGUCCCUCACUGUCAAGAUCAUCGAGAUGAUGGACCCGAGUUACGGCAUGUACGUCUGGCCCUGCAGUCCCGUUUUGGCCCAGUACCUCUGGUUCAACCGGGAGCACAUCAAGGGCAAACGCAUUCUCGAGAUCGGUGCUGGCACCGGCUUGCCGGGGAUCCUGGCAGCUCUGUUGGGAGCCCGGGUGACCCUGUCGGACAGCUCGCCACUGGGCCUCAAGAACUGCCAGCGCAAUGUGGAGGCCAACGGGCUGACGGCCAACGAGGUGCCCGUGGUCUCCAUCUCCUGGGGACUCUUCAACCCGGCCCUCUUCCAGCUCGGACCCAUCGACAUCAUCCUGGGAUCCGACUGCUUCUAUGACCCCAAAGACUUUGAGAACAUCAUUGUCACCGUGUCCUACCUGCUGCACCAGAACCCUCACGGGCGCUUCUGGUGCACCUACCAGAUACGAAGUGCGGACUACUCGAUGGAAGGCCUGCUCCGGCAGUGGAAUUUGGUCUGCGUCCAAGUUCCACUCGAAAACUUUGAGGCAGACUCGCCCAACCUCGCCGGCUCGGGCCUCCCGGGCUCGCACACUAUCGAGAUGCUCGUAAUGAGCGUCAACACAACCGUGGAACCCGCUGCCUCGGACAAGGCGAAGACGUGAAGAAACAAACUUGCGCGGUGCGUGGCGUCCACUGGCAGCGGGAAGAAAAAUGUAGCAGUGACGGCUGAAGCGUGAUGCCAUUGUCAACGACGUCGUGUGUCAAACAUCUUCCCAACCGUAGUCAUGGUGUUUGUUUUGUUUCCGCUUUCUCACCCACUUUCCAAAAAAUAUGUCAAAGAUGCGCCCUCAAUCUGGUGUCUCAACCCUCAACCAGGUAUCCUCAACCUACGUUGCACCCUCAACCAGGUAUCCUCGACCAGCAUGUGACCUCAACCUACAUUGCACCCUCAACCAGGAAUCUGGAUAUCUGUACAACACAUCUGGAUGCCACUAGUGUGCGGCUGUGUGGAUGUGUAUACUCAACCGCGUGUCCUCAACCAGGAUGCAACCUCAUCCAGGUAUCCGUGUAACUGUAUGACACGUCUGGACGCCACUCGCGUGUGGCUGCGUAGACUUCUCUUGCUGCAUGAAAGUUUGCUUUGAUUUCCCGCAAACAUGCCAAGUUGUCUCGGUGUGCCACUAAAAGGUUCGGUCUUGGAGGUAGUGUACAACGAUGCUGAUAUAUGUACGUAUUGUGCCACAUUCCCUACGUCUGAACUUUGUUGACAU